AUGUCGGCCAGAGCAAAAAUCACUCUAGGAGCAGCCAUAAUUAUUUCAUCCCUAACAGUAUGGGGUGUUCAUUUUCAGCAGACUCAGGAACGUGAGGCUAUGUACAAAGGCGUUCUAAAAGAUGAUGAACGACGAGUUGCAAAAAUGAAGCAAAGGCAGCAGGAAUUUGAGGAAUCUCAGCGAAAGCGCGAGCUAUAUGAGCGCGUUCAGACUGUCCGGGAAUCAGGCGAAGUUUCUGGUCCCUCAUAA